UAGAUGGAAGGCUAUACAACCAAAAUGGGUAUGUUAGUAAAACAAAGUGUUCAACAGCAAUCAGCAGGGCUUACUAUUUGGAGGGCAAGAGCUCUACUUAGGUUCUAUUGAAAUCACCUGUUCUUGACAGAUUUUCUUAAGGGUAGAGAAAGUAAUAAGACUUUUGAUGAAAACCUGCUGAAAUUCCCUUUAAACAGGGAACAAUUGGUGCAUGGAAUAAAUGGGACUAUUGAUUUUUUUAUUUAAAAAAUUAGAAAUUAUAUUGCACUAACAACAGCAAUAGAGCUGCCUUGAAAAUACGUUAUUUCCAAGAAUCACCUGUGACUAUCCUAUAAACCAGCUUUAAGUGGUAUUAAAAUAGCUUUUAAUACAAGCAUUAUGUAAAAUUCUGUCUCAGAAUAUGUUUCUCUCCAAAUAACUCAGCUUCAUGGCAAAAGGAAUAGAGGAAGGAGAGGUGGAAAGGAGAAAGAAAGGGAAGAUGUGGUUUUCAUUGGCUUUUGAUAUACAGAAAAUAUGAAAUCUGAAAUAGUGACAGAGUCAUCUUCAUAUCAUGCAGGCUGUGUGAUCAGUUAUUUGAUUUAAUCUUUCUCAGUUUUAUCAGGGGACGAGUAUGUGCCUAAGGAUGCUGUGUGGCAGGACACCAGCAGCUAUAGGUUCUCCAGAAAGCUCUGGGGUUUCAGACAGAACUGUGGUAUUGAUAGGCAGGCAGCCUAAAUCUCCUCUUGGACUGAAACAAUGCACUAGAUGCAGACACAUCCUCUGCCCAAUGCCAGAGUUCCUCAUGCCCGUGGUGCUGUUGUGGUGCUGGGGGAGCUUGGAACCCACCUGCCCUGGCAUUCUGAGUAGUUGCUAGACACUGUUGUUUCCUCACCUGCUGGUAGACUCUUCCUCCACAGGUCACCAUGGAACAGUAAUAUGUUUCCAAAAGGCUCACCUAGGACACUCCAGCAUUAUUUUGGCUUUAAAGGAAAAGAUCUUCCUCAGGACUUGAUGGAACAUACCCAGUCUUUACAAGAGCCUGGGGAUGAAACUAUGAGGCAGGUGCCAUCACUGGAAAGCAUCUUUCACUGCACACUGGUUGCAGUACUGAAGGCAACUCUUAGGAUGGGUAAACAUGGAUUAGGUCUCAUAGUCAUACAGAAUGGGCCGUAUCUCCAGAUAAUAAGCAUUGUUGAGAAAAGCUCUGCAGCUAAAGAUGGAAGGCUAAAACCAGGGGAUGUUCUAAUAAAAAUUGGACAUGCCACCAUUUUGGGAUGGACCCUGCAACAGCUUAGGCAACUCCUGCACAAUAUUCCUAUAGGGACAACUCUACAAAUCAGAGUUUACAGAGAUUUUGUUGAAGUACCUCAAGACUGGCAAAGUGCAAUUGAAGUAAUUCCUGAAGUAAAGCUGCCUGUGGUGUCAGUAGACACAGACUAUGAUGAAGAUGGCAUCGGGUCCAGUAGUGAUGAUGAUGUAGGCUUGUAAAUUUUUCAGUAUAAAUCUCCCCAGUCAU